AAAGCGGCCGGUGAGCGCUGUACAUACUGUUCAGACCUCGCCGCGAGUGGGAGAUGCCUUUAGUAUAUAACGCACGACCACCGACCCCUAGGCAAGCACUCAUCGCUCAGCUUGAAGCAUGAAGGUAUUCGUGUGCUUGUUGGCUUUGGCCGUGGCGGCGCGCGCCGGUUCUAUCGGCUGGUCCGGCGGCAGCGGCGGUGGUUAUGGCGGCGGCGGUUGGUCGAGCGGCGGGGGCGGAUGGCCGAGUGGCGGCGGCGGCGGCGGUGGCUGGUCGAGCGGCGGCGGCGGUGGCUGGUCCGGUGGCGGCGGCGGCGGCUACGGCGGUGGUGGACAGGUGAAGAUCAUUAAAAUCAUCACCAGCGGCGGCGGCGGAGGCGGCAGCGGUUGGCCUAGCGGCGGCAGCGGCGGCUGGAAGAGCGGCGGCGGCGGAGGCGGCUGGUCAAGCGGCGGCUCCUCCGGCUGGCCGAGCGGCGGCUCCUCCGGCUGGUCAAGCGGCGGCUCCUCCGGAUGGCCCAGCGGCGGCUCCUCAGGAUGGUCGAGCGGCGGCUACGGCGGCGGGAGCGGCGGCUGGUCGCUCGGAGGCGGCAGCGGCGGGUGGAAGUCCGGCGGCGGCAGCAGCGGCUGGUCGCUCGGCGGUAGCAGCGGCGGAUGGCAGUCCGGCGGCGGCGGUGGCUACGGAGGCGGCAGCGGCGGCGGCUGGAAGUCCGGCGGAUCGUGGACAGUGUUGUGGCUGGCCCGCACCCGCUGCACCAAGGACGCGGCGCGCAAUCGCAUGGUAGUAUUAAAACACGCCGUGUGCGCCGCCGCGAACAUGCCCGAGAUAUUCGCGUGUCUGUUGGCUUUGAUCGUGGUCGUGCACGCCGGGUUCAUCGGCGGCGGCGGCGGGGGGUGGUCGGGCGGCGGUGGGGGGUGGUCGGGCGGCGGCGGCGGCUGGAAGUCUGGAGGCGGAGGCGGCGGCGGCGGUUGGCGCAGCGGCGGCGGUGGUGGCCAGGUGAAAAUCAUUAAAGUCAUCAGCAGCGGCGGAGGCGGAGGCGGUUGGCGAAGCGGUGGUGGCGGCGGCGGCUGGAAGAGCGGCGGCGGUGGCGGCGGGUGGUCGUCGGGCGGCGGCGGCGGCGGCUGGCGGUCCGGCGGCGGCGGCGGAUGGAAAUCUUGGUGAUCCCAUCCGUAGCUCCAUUAUCAACAAUAUAUGACUCCUCCUACA